AUGGAGGGCGUUCAAACGGUAGAUGUGAGCUGGCUUCAUCACUCACAAAAAGAUCAUCUAUCGCGGACCAAAUCUGUAUCCUCAUCGGUAAAUGAUACGCCAAGUCCUAAUAAAGACACUGCGACGAAUCAGUCCAAAUCACACCGACGGUCUCGAUCGAAUAGCAGUCCAGCUCAGCCGCCCUCCUCGAAUAACUCAACCCCGAAACAUCAGCCGCAAAAUGAAGUGAUUAAGGAAGAAGAGAAAGAGAAACCCACACCGCCGCCACCGGAGACCCCGGCCCAAGCUGAGCCCAAACCACCAUCCUCAUCCCCCGCGGUGCAGAAAACCGCCCCCAAACCAGUGACCGGGCGUAGGAAUUCAUGGAUAUCCAGUCUGAGCUCUAAGUUUUCCUCUGGGUCGACUCCGCCAUCUCAAUCCAGUCUAAAAGGGAGCCCGGCAAGUCCGAAGACAACCGGACCGCUCGAUCACAACCCAUUUGGUGCCGCAUUCUCACCAAAGGACAAGGAAGAGGAAAAGAAGGAUGAUUCGAAUCCGUUUACUUCCUCAUCACCAAAGGGUCCAUCGUUCAUUCACAAUGCCCUGCGCAAGUUCUCAUCGAAUUCCGGUGGGCUGCCCAAGCUUCCGCCCAGUUCUGCAACUUGUCCGCGCCGUGUGAUGAACCUAGACCCGGGUCGAGAUCGCUGUAAGAUUGCAGAUCUGAAUCAAGCGAAACUCCAUAGAGUGGCGUUUUGUGUGGAUGUCGAGAUCGCGGGUAUAUCGCAUCGGGACUCUGAUGAAGAUGCUCCUCCGACGAAUCAGCUACGGCAGUCAUUGCCCGAAUCCAAUCGCCAAAAAUCAAAGAAAGCAGAGAUCAAAGUGAAGGAAAAUGCUGAGGAAAAGGCGGAUGUGAAGGCUGAUGCCAAGGAGAAAGGCAAAGAGGAGGCCGAGGCAUUAAAACAUCCCCAAGCAGCCGUGGCUGAGAAGGAAGCACCAGCCCCUGCCGCGCCAGAAGGCUCUCCAGAAUCUGUUCCUGCUGCUGACGGGGUAACUAGCGCCUCGGAUGAUCAGCAGAAACCACCUACUGGCAAUGGACCUACACUCCGAUUUGAUGUCGAAGCGCAUGAAAAGAAGGAUCCAACUCGCAAACAAGAGAAGAAGAAACGAUCGGAAGAAGAACGAAAGGAGCGUAAAGAGAGGAAGCGCAGACAAGCUGUGGCGAAUGGAUCGAUUCCACUGCAGCUAGAUGCAGAAAUGGAUGAGGAUGAAUCUCGCACACCUGUGUCCGGUGCUACCCGCUCUAAGAGCCAAAGCCAUCCCACGACCGAUCCAGUGCGAAUCUACCGGCGUUGCUGUCAGCUCAGAGAGACUCCAGUUCUUAAGCGAGUGGUUGAUGAGAUUUCUUCCCCAUCAUCCACGCUGGCCGAGUCUCCUGGUACAGUCGCAGCCCUUAAUUUAAGCAACUUCCCUAUGACGCCCCAGGAUAUUGCGACGCUAAGUGACUGGCUUGCGGUUGUGCCAGUGCGCAAGCUUCUUCUCGAAAAUUGCGCAUUGACUGAUGUCUCCGUGCGGGCGAUACUUGCAGCAUUGCUGUCAACAAAGACGGUUGAGCAAAUGCGGUAUCGGCGAAGACGUAACCGCAAGUCGGAAUCAGCAUCCACGGUCAACUUUGAGCGAUGGGGCGUCGUGGAAAAGCUUUCACUUAAGGAUAACCCCAAAAUUGGUCGCGAGGGAUGGCGCCAUAUCGGCCUAUUCGUUCAUCUUUCCAAAUCUCUCAGGGCGAUUGAUCUUUCUGGCAUUCCCUUCCCUAAACCGCGAGUUAACGGUGAUGGUGUCAACCAAGGCGCGGCACCAGGAACCGAUUCUUGCGAUAUUUUUGCAUGUGCGCUAGCCGAGAGAUUCGGUGGCAAUCAACUCGAAGAACUGCUGAUGAGUGAUUGUAAACCCUCAAGCAGACAGGUCAAGCGGAUCUGUGAAGCGGCUACGAAGAUGGGGCUGCAGAGACUGGGCUUUGCAAAUAACGACCUUACAAGAGAAGGCCUCGGGCAUAUUGUCGAGUAUCUCAAGUCUGGAAAAUGCGAGGGUUUGGAUCUAGGAGGAAAUCCAAUCAAGGACCACCUGGACCUUAUUGCAGACGCUAUAGAGCCUGAACAAUCAUUUUAUGCGAUUAGUUUGGCAGACUGUUCCUUGACUCCUUCAGUGAUUUCGCCAUUCCUGCAAGCUUUGACUCAGAUUCACAAUCUUCGCUUCAUCGAUUUUUCUCAUAACCCUGGUCUAUUUUCAGGGCAGCCAAAUGCGCUUGGAGUGUUCCGGCGUUUCCUACCCAAGAUGCCAUCUCUUAAGCGCAUUCAUCUUGCCGACGUGAAUCUCUCUCCUGACCAUGUUAUUGGUUUGGCGGAAGUUCUGCCAGAGUGCCCCAGUCUUUGCCAUUUGAAUAUCCUGGAGAACCCGCAAAUCGCCUCUCUGGCCUCCUCAACUGACCCUGCCGUCCAAGAAGAGGCUUGUGCAGUGUAUGCAUCUAUGAUGGCUGCCGUUCGUGUCUCGGGUACGAUCAUUGCCGUGGAAAUUGAGGUUCCUACUGCAGAGAGCAAUGAAGUCGUGAAGGCAUUGGCCUCGCAGAUUGUGGCUUACUCGCUACACAAUCUGGAGGGAGCUGAUAUCGGAGAAGAUAUACAUGAGAAUCUCAUGUCAUCUGCAACCAACGAUGUUGCAGUGCCAGAGAUUUUGCAGCAUAUUGUCGGUCAUUCCAUCGGUUCGGAUGAUCCGUGUGACGAAGAAGAUGAACCUGCCCCCGAUGAGGACUAUGUAAUUGGUGGCACAGGUGUGGUGAAGGCACUGGGCGUCUGUCUUGGGAACCUUGAUCAUCAUGGAGGUGACCUCCCAGGAGACUCAGCCCCUGCCAGUGGCACCACCACGCCUCGCCGCCCUAGGUCUAGAGGUGUUGUUACUAAAAGACCACGCGACAUGUCAAAGAAUCUGCUGGAGUCUGCGCGUAAUAUUCGUGCUCGCAUCCAAUCAGCUCUCGUUCGCGAAGAUCGAGCCGGUAACGAUGCUAACUACAGGCGUCUUCAAUACUUGGAUCUCACUUUGCAUAGAAUGAUCCAACGAUUUGAGGAUGAGUAUCCCGAGACUCGCCUCGCUCCCCAAACUGUGCCUUCUCCUGCACCUGCAGAAACCGGCUCACAGCAUUCUGGUGAUGAUGCAAAUGGCUCCACUGUUAUCAGUGGCAACAUCAGCGGCAGCCUUGUGGACAACGAAAAUGCUAUUGACGAUGAAGAAACCGACCAAUACGCUAUCCACCUCUCCAGAACCAGCUCAAUGACCUCGCUGCAUGCUCGUGCUAUGACAUCAGAAGAAGGACAUGUUCAUCGCCUGGGUCAAAAUCUUCGUCGGGACAUUCUCAACCCGCCAGAGCGUGAGGCCGACGACGAUGACGAUUCACAUCUCGCGGCUCUCCGAGAGAAGCUUGAGCGUCUCCACGAGGAGCGAUCAAAAUCAUCAUUCGGUACUCAUGAGGCUUUCCAGAAGAUUGGCAAUACCGUUGAUGAACUGUGGGCCGCUCAACAUGAGGACGCAGAAAGCUUCGAGAAAUUCAAGCAAUCCCAAAUUGUAGCCCAGAUUAACAGCGGUCUACGUCCAUCUCCGAAGAGGGAUUCCUCUUCUCCCGAGACUAAGUCGCCUCCAUCAUGA